AUGCCCAUGACCCUGGGGCUGGCCCUGCUGGCUUUGGCCAGUGCUGUGGGUCUGAGCCAGGCCAGCAGCUUUACAGAAAAAGGCCUGUCCUUGYUGAGCUACCAGCUGUGCAGCUACCUGGAGACCCGAAGCGUCCCGAGAGUGGAGGCUGUCCAGACUUCCCACGUUGUCCACACGUCCUGCGGGGGCUGGAUCCCAUGGAGGUGGUGCCCCAAGACUGUUUACAGGACACAGUACCUGACRGUGGAGGUCCCCGAGUCCAGGAACGUGACCGACUGCUGCAAGGGCUAYGAGCAGCUCGGCCUCUACUGCGUCCUGUCCCUGAAUCGGUCUGGGGAGUUUGCAUCAAGACCUGGUGUCUGCCCAACAGCAGGGCCACAGCUACCCACCUCACAGUGCAGCUCGGACACUGAGUGCCCUGGGCUUCAGAAGUGCUGUCCCUGGUCAGGGGGCCACCACUGUGUGGCUCCCACACCUCACGCUCCAGAGAGGAGCUGGGUGAGCUGGUACAACGUGACCAUGCUGGUGAAGGUGGACUUUGAGGACCUGCAGCAUGUGGACCCYGGGCUGCAGAACCACACGCGCCUUCUGUGCUCCUUGGUCACCAGUGCCUUGCAGCUGCUGGACCCCGCUGUGCACUACCUGAGCUCAGCCAGACAGGACCCCUCCACCACACUGUCAUGGCUGCUGCUGGGUCUGCCUCAGCUGCUGCCGGUAGCCAAGGUCUCCUCUAUGCUGAAUGACAUUGUGAAGCGUGUCUAUGAAGUGGUCAGCAUCCAGGUGCAAGACGUGGACGAGUGCUCCUACAAUGGGCUCCAUGCCUGCUCUGGAGAGGAGCUGUGUGUGAACGGGGAGGGCUCCUACCAGUGCGUCUGCCCACAGGACUCCUCGGCCUCGGCUCCGCAGAAGCUGAACGGCACGGGCAAAGAUUGUCCUCCGAUCCGUGACUACGUGGCUCUCAACGUCACCAGCAGCAGUUUCCGGGUGUCCUGGGGUCUGAAUUCCACCCAGAACCACACCUUCCACGUCCAGCUGCAGYGGGGUGAGCUGGUGCUCAGAUGCGCCUGGACCAGCGACCUGGGCCUGGAGGUGGCUGGGCUGGAGGCCGGGGUGCUGUACGGUGUGAAGACCAGCUACCAGUGCUGCGGGGCCAACGUCUCUGCCUGGCUGACCGUCAAGACAGAUGCCCAGGUUUUUGGACUUACAAUAAGGAUCGUGAACUGCAACCUGACGGAGCAGCUACUCAACUGUAGCAGCGUGGAACACAGGGACUUCUCCCGACAGCUGCUGCAAGAGGUCGAGAACUCCUUCCCACCAGCAGUUUGUGACCUUUACCGACGUGGGAAGCUGAGGAUGCAGAUGGCGUCUCUCCAGGUGGGGAGCGUGGUGGCGAAGCUGAGGCUCACAGUGCAAGACCCCGAGUUUCCAGUGGGUGUCUCCACUCUGGCUCCCCUGCUCCAGCUUCUGCCUUCAAGCACAGUGUUCCAGAUCGACCAGCAGGGGACGGCCGUGCAAGACUGGGACGAGUGUGCAGACAGCUCGGAGCACGACUGCUCCCCCGCCGCCGACUGCGUCAACCUCGAGGGCUCCUACACCUGCCAGUGCCGCACAGCCAGGGACGCCAACCCCUCCCGGGCUGGCCGCGCCUGUGAGGGUGAUGUGGUGAGCCCCGCGGGAGGUGAACUAUCUGCAGCAACAGGAGUGACAGCCUCWGCCCUCGGCACAGGGACAACCACCCUGUCCCUCAGACCCAGGCAUCCAUGGGACACCCUGGCAGCAAGCCAGGCCCAGACCCCAAGACCCCCACCCAGGAGAGGGGGCAGUGGCACAGUCGGGAACAACAGGAACAGCACAGGGCAAGGCGUGGAGAAGGAGUUACGGGGGAGCCCCACCAUGGAUCCACUCUUCUGGCCUGUGCCUGCGGAGGACCCCACGGGCCACAGUGUGUGGCACACCAACCUUCCCACUCAAAAGACAUCACUGAACGCCACAAGACUGMAGGACAGGGACCCUGGACCUUCCCCCUGGAUAGACCUGGUGUCGACCCCCAUUCCUGCCCCCCUGGAGCCCCCUGCCUGUGCCCCUGUCCCUAUCCAGAGGGUCACCGUCUCCAAUGUGACCAGCACCAGCUUCCACCUGGCGUGGGUGGCGAACCUUACCUUGCACCCCACCUUCCGGCUCUCCCUGGCCUCCCCACRGAGCCCUGCCGUGGGCCUGGAGACCCGAGGCACAAGCAUGACUGUGUCRGGGCUGGAGCCUGGCAUCCUGCACCUGGUGGAGAUCGUGGCCAAAGUGUGUGGAGAAGAUGGUGCCCGAGCACACCUGAAAGUGAGGACAGCCGCCCAGAAACUCAGCGGCAAAGUCAGACUAGCAAACGUCAGGUUUUCAGAAUCCUUGUGCAAUUCAAGCAGCACGGAGCACCAGCGCUUCCUGGAGCUCUUCUUCAGAAGGGUGAGGGACCCCUUGCCAGCCACCCUGCGUCAGCACAUGGACUCCGGCGGGAUCMGAGUGGACGUCACGAGCAUCGCCAAUGGCAGCGUGGUGGUGGAGUUUGAUCUGCUGGUGACCGUGGACCUGGAUGUCAGGGAGGUGUCUGUGGCGUUCCUCUGUGCCCUACAGAACGCGUCUCUGCUGGAAGCSAGCAGGGACAGUGCCUCCAUAUGGGAUUAUGACGAGUGUGAGAGGCAGGAGGACGAUUGUGUGCCGGGGACAUCCUGCCGGAACACCCUUGGGUCUUUCACCUGCAGCUGCCAGGGAGAUGCCCCGGACUUCCACGUGGAAUAUUCUGGAAGACCUUGCGAAGGAAGCUCUCCUGGCAACUUGACCCAGGCCCCCAGCCCAGAGCAGCUGCCCACACCAGCAGGGACCAGGGCUGCGCUCAGGACAGGUGACAGGCCCACCCCCCAGGACCUGCGCCCGCGGCUGAACCUGACGGGUGCAGUCAGGGUGCUCUGCGAGAUUGAGAAGGUGGCCAUCGCCAUCCAGAGACGCUUCCUGCAGCAAGAGGCCAUCCCUGAGUCCUCCCUGUACCUGGGACAGCCCUCCUGCAACGUGAGCAGCAGCAACAGCACCCACGUGCUCCUGGUGGCCGGCUGGGGAGAGUGUGGGACCCUUGUGCAAAGCAAUGUGACAAACACUGUGGUGAGGACCAUGCUGAGGAAUGACCUGUCCCCAGAGGGGAUCAUCCACCACCCGAAGAUCCUCAGCCCCAUCCACUGUGCCUUCCAGAACGACCUGCUGACUUCCUCGGGCUACGCCCCAGAGUGGGGCGUUCACACCAUCCUCGAGGACCUCCACGGCGCUGGGAAUUUUGUCACCGAAAUGCAGCUGUUCAUCGGAGAUUCUCCCAUCCCUCCAAACCACAGUGUGUCUGCCAGCGAAGACAUCACCAUCGAGGUGGGGCUCUGCAGACAGAACARCCAGCUCAAGGUGGUCCUCACGGAGUGCUGGGCCACCCCCUCCAGCAACACCCGGGACCCCGUCACUUUCAGCUUCAUCAACAACAGCUGCCCAGUCCCCGACACCUACACCAGUGUGAUCGAGAACGGCAACUCCAGCAAGGCCCAGUUUAAGCUGAGAAUCUUCUCCUUCAUCAAUAACUCCGUGGUCUACCUGCACUGCCGGCUGCGUGUCUGCCUGGAGUCCCCCAGAGCCACGUGCAAGAUAAGCUGCAAUGAGUUCCGGUCACCGAGAAGCAGUCAAGGCUCUGCAGUGCAGCAGAUGUCCUGGGGGCCCCUCGUCCGGGCACAAGGUGCCUCUCCAGGUGCAAAGCCAGGCCUGGGGACCGGCCACGUUGUUCUCAUCGCGGUGGCCUGCUUGGUCAUGGUGGCGGGGGCCGCAGCCUUUCUGAUCAUGCGCUACCAGAAAUUGACUGGAAGAUACAGCUUCAGCACCCAGGUGGACAACUUCAGCUACCAGGUGUUCUCUGAAUAG